AUGAGAGAAAUCUCAUUCUUCCUCUGGUUUUUGUGGGUUACCCGGGCGGCUUCUCAAUGCACUUCCGACAUUCGUAUGUGGAAUGAUCUGAUGGCAUUUUCGUGAUAACAUUAUCUUUCAGCUGACGCACUUUCAACUUUGACGCAAUAUCAAGUAGGAUCGCAGGGAGAAGGUUAGGAGAAACUGGGGCUGGGAAUCAGAUAUUAGAAUAACUGAAUGGUUUCAGCGUAUUACAGCCAUUUUUUGGUCAUUGGCGACGCGACGUUCACUUAUGGAAAUGCGUCGGCGACUGCUCUUUAUGAACUUGUCAGUUAUACGCAAAGUGUCAAAGUUCACAUAUUCCGGGUUCAGAGUGCGUACGGUAUAUCCGCGGCCACCACAAACUGCACCUCGUCCUGCCUCACUUCUGUUUCAGCGUACUACAAAACUGAUUCGGAUAACUGUCAGUGCUCAUUAGGCUAACGCAAAUUUCUCGCAACUUCCAGUGACCCUCAUAAUGCUCCGCCCCUCUGACGAAUCCGUUUAUCCGAACUACACGAGCAUGGGCCUUCCCUCUUUCAUGUGUGCCACCGUUUCCGGAAGUUGCGGAGCCACCGAACCUCUUUAUCAGUUCUACUCCUCCACUUACGACGACUACUACGCCGACGUGGAACAGCAGAGCAGCAUGAAUGCCACGUACUCGGUGUCGAUGAUGGGACUUCCGCUCUGCUACCUUUGGGUGUCCACCACCACAACGACCACAACGACAACAACGACGACUACAAGCUCUGCGAAUAGCACCACAACUACAGUAGCCACUAAUGAAACUACCACCACGACUCCUGUGAACGAAACGACGACGACGACGACGAUCUCUGCGAAUGAAACAACGACUACAUCUCCAACGAAUACCACGACCACGACGUCAUCUGUAAAUGGAACAACCACUGCGAGCAACAUCACGACGACGACUGUCAGUUCGGAUACAACGACGAUUGAUGAAGAUGGAGAUCCGUCGGGAACGCCUCCGACCGACGACGACGACGACGAUGGCAAAGGUGCGUGUAGUUUGGUGUGUGGUUUGUGCCGGGAAGUUGUGCAUUUCGAAUGAAAAGGACACUUGUGCAUUCCGGCGUCAGAGCAAAAAGCCUUUCUUCCAGGUUGGUGGCACAAGUGGCGCUGGCCGAUAAUCGUGGCCGCCUGCCUGUUCGGAGCAUCGAUCGUGCUCUCGCUGAUCGCCUGCCUCACCUGCUGCUUCAUCGGCCCCGCGACCGUCGCCGCAAAGCCGCCCUCUCCGCCGCCACUCUACUCUUCGCCGUCGCCUCCGGAGCUGCCUCCAGCUCCGAUCGAGGCGCCGUCAGUGACGCCGUUCACUGUUGGAUUGCCGCCGAGUGUUCCGUACUAA